ACUUCAACUCCCAGUAGACGUUUCUCAGCUCGUGCGUCCAGAUGCGAUAUUGUGUCUAGUCCCUUUUAACUCUAUUCUUGGCGUCUUGGAGCUCAAUUGUGUGCAAAAAUGGAUACGAGAAGAUUAACGCAAUGCGUAAUUGGUGUAUGUGUGGUAUUAACAGCAGUAACUUUAGUACAAGGUCAGAUAAAGCGCUGCUUUGCGUGCAGGUCUCGAGGUGCACUUGGAGACUGCAAAGAUCCUUUUAGAUUUAACUCGACACAUCUGGUACCUGGAGUAAAGGACGAGCCAUGUGCCUCGGGCUGGUGCUCUAAGAGGAUUGAAGGAAAGAAAGAUGGAAAAGACCAUGAUCUUGCAAUUGAACGACAAUGUCUUCAGCGGUCUCCACCAGAUGAUAAAGAAAGAUGUUCAGAAGCGUUAGUUGGUCAUAGAAAGAUAUUUAUCUGUUUUUGCUAUGGAGAUUUGUGCAACGCAGCUUCGGGACUUCAGCCUUCCAUUUUAUUGCUGCUCGUACCGCUAGCAUUUCAGAUGCUGUCUAGAACAUAAUUUGUUUGGAAAUGGUGCUUUGGAAAUCUGAACUGUUGCUUGUUGACAUUAUGAGUUUUAUGUAAUAAUUGUUGAAGUAUUUUUUGCAUUGUCAUAAUGCUCUUGAUUGAAAUAUCUUGAUUUAAGGAAUGUACUUUCCUUAUAUUUUAUUACUUAUGGCUUAUAUAUAUUCAAAAUGUAUAAUAAUUAAAAGGAAAGAGAAGUAUUGUGAUGAAUUGCCAAAAAGAAUAUUGCAUUUUGAUUUGAAGAAUAGAUAUUGGUUAUAUUUAAAGCUGACAUAGUCUUUUGUUAAUAGUGUAUAAAAUGUGAGGACAUUUCAACAUUAUCUGUAUUGGAUACAUAGACACAUGCACAAAGAUAUACACUAAAAGAGAGUAUGUGUGUAUAUAUAUAUUUAUAUGUCCUUGCAUAUUUAGGAUUAAUAUAUAUUUUAAUACUCAAACUUGUAGAUAAUAUAUUUUCCUUUUAAUUUGAUAAUCAUUUUUACUAUUUGGCAUUGAUAUCCACUACUUUUCAAUCAGUUUUACUCGACUUUUCACAGUACGUGGACGCAUGUAUGAAUUAUCCUCUGCCUAAGAGAAACGUGGAACACUUGCAUUGUAGAUAACCACAUAUAUUUUCUUGACACAAGUAUUAUGUCACAAUGUCCAUAAUACUUAAAUACUGUAGUGUAUUUCCAUAUUUUAAUACUCAAAAUUGCCUGUGCUUAUUUUCGCAAUUAUAUUCCUGCAGUAUCAUUAUGCAUGUACAUUUAUAUCUACACCACAAAUUUUAUAUAUAUAAAGUAAUGUAUCUCCUGUAAUUUGUGAAGUUAUGGUAAAGGUGAUGUUUGAUAUAAUUAAAAAUCUAUUAGGAUGAUUACUUGAGAUGACCUCAAAGAGAAAUGAAAAAAAUCUCAAUUUUGGAAAAUAUUGCAAUAAUAAAAUAGUUUCAUGCUAAGGAAGUUUGCAUGAUAAAGGAAAAUGACUUUCAUAAUAUAAAUGUAUAAAUAUAUCUAUACAUCAAUAAAGUGUUAUGAAAUGUA